UUAACAGAGCUGCUACUACUCGUAAGAUUUACAAAUAAAAUCUUUCAUACAAUACAAACAUCUCUUCCAGAGUGGAAACGCACGUUCCUGAUCACUGAUUAUGGGAGGCAAAGGGAAAAAGAAGAAAACAGGCAAAGAAGCUGGUGCAAGCGGUGGAGGAGAAAAGACACGAAAUGGUGGCGCAAAGGACACGGCCAAACCGGAUGAGGCAGAAGAGGAAGAUGAAGAGGCCAAACCGAAGAAAGGUAAGGCCAAGAAGGGCAAAGGAAAAGGUGGAAAGUCGUCCAAGUUCCAGGGCGACAUAUUCAAUGAGGCGGCAAUGGAAAAUGCAUACUACAUCUGCCAUAACGUCCAGGACGUGCUGAAAUCUCGAGGAUUCGCUUGGCCAGAGGGACAAAAGAAAAAGAAAAAGGGGAAAAAGUAAAAAGAGGCAAUCAAA